AUGAUUCAAUCUAUGCAUACCGGAAAAUUUUUGAAAUUACAAGGGCAAGAGGCUUGGGAAGCUCUUGAAGAAUUGUCUGUUAAUUCACAACAAUGGAAUUAUUCUGAGGCUAGGUCUAGAGCAAAUAAUUCACCUAAAAGAGGAGGAAAAUAUGAAAUUAAAGAAGAAACUGAUUUGAGAACAUCUUUUGAAAAAUUAGCAAGAAAAGUAGAAGCCUUAGUCAUAAGUCAAACUAUGAAUUCUCAUGUUCAACCUAAAAAAGAGGUUUGUGCUAGUACUUGUCAUAAUGAUCAAUCAUGUCCUCCUUUUCUUGAAACAUUUUCUGAAGAGGCUAAUGCAUUACAUUCAUAUGGUAAACCAAAUGAUAGCCCAUUUUCAAACACAUACAAUCCUAAUUGGAGAAACCAUCCCAAUUUUUCAUGGAGACAAAACCAACCACAAAUGAACCAAGGAAACCAAUUCAACAUGCCAAAUCCGAAUCAUGCCCAACCAAGUCAAACUUACCCUCCACAAAGAAAGCCUUCCUUAGAAGACACUUUACAACAAUUCAUGCAAUCCACCCAACAAAUCAUGCAAAAUCAGUCUCAAUCCAUUGCCAAACUUGAGACACAAUUGGGUCAACUUGCCAAUGCCGUAACUGAGAGAGAAAAAGGGAGAUUUCCUAGCCAACCCGUCCCAAAUCCUAAAGGCCAAUAUGAAGUAGGAGUCCCAAGUCAUAAAGAAGAAGCUAAGUCUAUUUCAACUCUUAGGUCCGGAAAACAAAUUGCCAAACCCGAUUACACACCUCAAGUUGAAAAAGACCAAAGCCAAAGUUCCAACACAAAUGACUUAUCAAAAGAUAAUGAUCAAAUUCUUCCUUCCAUUCCAAAAGCUCCUUUUCCACAAAGAUUACUUCCACUCAAAAAAGGCAACCAAUAUAGUGACAUCUUAGAAGUGUUCAAACAAGUAAGUAUCAACAUCCCCUUCUUAGAUGCCAUUAAACAAAUUCCUGCCUACUCCAAAUUCCUGAAAGACCUUUGCACUGUUAAAAGAAACACUAAUGUUCCAAAAAAGCAACUUGGUCUAGGAGAAUUAAAACCAACUUCUAUAACACUUCAAUUAGCUGAUCGUUCUGUGAAAAUUCCUAGAGGUAUUAUAGAAGAUGUUUUAAUUAAAGUGGAUAAGUUCUAUUUUCCUGUUGAUUUCAUUGUUCUUGAUACUCAACCUGUUGAAAAUGCUCAUGCUCAAAUACCCAUCAUUUUAGGUAGACCAUUUUUAGCUACAUCUAAUGCAAUUAUCAACUGUCGUAAUGGUGUAUUUAAAUUAUCUUUUGGAAACAUGACUGUUGAAUUGAAUGUUUUUAAUGUUGCUAAGUCUGUUGAGUGUGAGGAAAUACAUGAAGUAAACAUGAUUAACACGGAAAAUAUGUUUGAAAUGGACAUGAAUGAAUCUUUUGAAACUUAUGCAAAAAUGUUUGGAAUGUGCUUAAAUGUUGAUGAUUUUAUUCAUGAUGUCAAUUCUUUGCUUAAGUCUACCCCACUAAUGGAUACUGAAAAAUGGAAAGCCAAAAUUGAACCAUGUAUUCCAUUAGAGCAUGUUGAGUCAACUCCUGAACCACCAAAGUUAGAUCUUAAACCUUUGCCCGACACUUUAAAAUAUGCAUUUCUAGGAGAGUCUAACACUUAUCCCGUUAUCAUUGCAUCUGAUUUAGAUGAAAAACAAGAAACAAAGUUGUUAGAUAUCCUUAGAAAACAUAAAAAGGCCAUAGGUUGGACCAUGGGAGACAUUAAGGGAAUUAGCCCAGCUGUGUGCAUGCAUAGAAUUCAUUUAGAAGAAAAUGCUAAGCCCUCCCGAGAAAGUCAAAGAAGAUUAAAUCCAAACAUGAAAGAGGUAGUAAGAGAUGAUGUAAUUAAAAUGUUAGAUGUAGGGAUCAUUUACCCUAUUUCUGACAGUCCAUGGGUUAGUCCAGUUCAAGUUGUUCCAAAAAGUCUGGGAUCACUGUUGUUAAAAAUGAACAAAAUGAGUUAA